CGCAGACGCCGUUGAGCGCUUCGUUCUCAAACGAUUGGAAACUUUUUACCGUCAGUAGUCGAUCAAGUAUGGCUUUGCCAAUGCGUGUGUCGUUCUCUGUGCCUGAUGCGGACGUCAGUCUGGUGGAGAUCGAUGGCAGUCCGUACGACGAGGAUGUCGAGAUGGACCUCGUUCCGGACUUGACCGUUCUUCGUGCAACCGAAGCGACCCUUCACCUUGUCGAGCAUAACGUUGACUUCGAGUACGUCGGACCUGACGGCGUUAUGGAGGAUUCGGGCUUCGAAUUUGGAGGAGAAGGCGGGAUGUGGGGAUUGCAGAAGGUCAAGGCAGUUGACGCGGAUAUCUUGAGAGCCAGAGAUGUGGAUUAUCAAGGGAUCUGGUGGGCUGAUGCCCUCAUCUCGCGAGAGUCCCUGCGAAAGACAAGACUUAUGACACAUCAGAACUACACCAACUGCCCGCCACCAGAUCCUCUGCUAGAUCCUCCAGAUAUUCCACCAGGAUACUCCGAACGCAAUAUCUUUGCACAUCGGUCUACGACAACCACUCGUGUCCCGACCAUUGCACACUUUCAGUUGCGCCAUCUUCUCUCUCCAGCAACGUCGACCGCUGUGUACCAUGCAAAAGGAACGCAGAUUAUGAGAUAUAAUCCGCAUAACCCGGCUGCUGCUUGUCAGGUUGUGAUAGACCUGCUGUCAGGGGAAAGUACGCGUAUUGGUACACGACCGACGACAUUGGCUGCUGACGCCGCCGUUGUUGCGACCGCGGGCUUCUACGGAGAAUACGCAUACACCCUAGAAAAUAAUUAUGAUGAGGAUGCGGAUCAGAAGGACUUCACCGGCUUCCUGACUGGCAGCGCUCAUGGUAUUGGAAAUCAUGUCCACAUCAGCAGGUCACGGUCGUCUGAAUCACCAGUUCUUGUGUACACUUCGAACGAUAGUUCCAUUCGAACAAUCGAUACAGCACAAAACGUGUGUCUUUCUGGUCAUUCAACACCAUGGGCGCCAAACACAUCAAGUACAUCUCCUGACGCCCGUUUACGGCUUGUGGGCGGUGAUUCGUGCGAUGCAGUGAUUAUUGAUGCAGAGAGUGGCGGAAUUAUUGCUAAUCUGAAGGCACAUACGGAUUGGAUUUUUACGAGUGCGUGGUCGCCGAGCUGGUAUCUUGCUACGGGUAGUCAGGAUACCACGGCUAGGCUAUGGGAUGCACGAAAUUUCAGUGCGCCUGUAGCAACAUUGCCGGCACAGUGUGGUAGUGUCCGGACCCUCGAUUUUGGUGGUGCGAACGGAACUUUGUUGGCUGUUGCUGAGUCCGCUGACUUCGUCACCCUGUGGGAUACUUCGAAAGAAAGAAUGCAGGUCAUUGACUUCUUCGGAGAAGUUGCUGGAAUCGGAUUUGUUGAGAGUCAGGGAAGUGAAAGGCUAUGGAUUGGCGUCAGUGAUGAGAGAGUUGGUGGAUUAAUGGAAUAUGAAGCUGAUUUGGAUAGGGAUCUGGCAGAUUUGGUUAUUUGAUUCAUGGCAAAGCGGUCAUUUGGGGGACUUGCAGGCACAAGCCAUGUGAUGAAAUAUGGACUGGAUAUUGGGUGGAUAACGGCGUUCAUGUGGGAUUUUUACCUGGCGUGCUUUACCAUGGAGGAUUACUUUAGAUCACAGCAGAGCGUUGGUCCAGACGUCGACUGAAGCUUGACUGGCCAUGUUAGCUGCUGGCGAAUAGAGCG